AUGGUUCUCUCCAUAAUGGAGGAGUUUAAUGAAAGUGAUCUCUCCCAGAAGGAGAAAAAUUGCGACAGUAAUCUCUCCGAAAUGGAGGAAAUUUGUGAGAAUGAUCUCUCCAAAAUGGACCGAUCCAUCAUUAAGAAAAUCAUAUUUCUUCCGGUAAAAGCUCUGAUGAAUUCAGUCACAUAUAAUACCAUUGCAGAGGUAAAGUUGGGCCCUAAGCCCAUUGUGAACCACUUGAACAAAGCCCAUAUUGCAAGUGUUGGAAUUGCUUCGCCGGAGCAGUACACCGACACCUUGGAUCUUCUCGUGGUUGCAAGGUUAGGGAAAUUGGAACUAGCUCGAGAUUUUGGGGAAGCGUUAGGGUCGUCAAACCACAAUUUUGGCACAUCUAACCUUCUCACAGUAAGGAUUUUACAGAAACUAAGCAUAACGGUAGAGAGAGAGUAA